CGCGGGGGCGGUGCCGAGGCCUCCCUGCCGGCGCGGGGGCUGUCGGGAAGAUGGCGGACUCGGUGUCCGGGCGGCGCUGAGCGGCCGGGGCGCGGCGGGUCCCAGCGCGGCCGCGAGCGCCAUGGUCCCCCGGUCCCGCGGAGCCCCCCGCGCCGCCCCGCCCGCGCCAUGCUGCGCCUGCUGCCAUGGCUCCGCACCCUGAGCCGCCGUCGCGCGCGGCCCGGCAGCCCCCGGGGCCCGGCUGAGCGCAGCGGGGCCGCCAUGCAUCCCGCCUGCUACUGCGCGGGCAGGGCCAGGCCGCGCGCACUGCUGCUCCCGCUGGAUCCCUACGGCCAUGGGCUGCUGCACGCCCUGCCCCCGGACGCCUGCAGGAUUCGCGGGCACGGCAAGAGGAAGAGCUGGAACUUCAUCCACGAGAAGAUGAGCUACGACACCUUCUUCACCAUGAAGCGGCUGAUCGAGCGCUCGCGCAGCGUGGGCGAGGUGCUGCGCUGGGUGACGCAGAACCCCGGCAAGGUGUCGGCCAGCCAUUACCCCAUCGCCCUGCACAAGCUGGGCCAGCUCCUGCAGCAGCAGCAGGGCCCGGCCGCCCUCAACGGGGAGAGCCGGCGGCCCGGCCCGGUGCUGGAGCAGCCCGAGUUCCAGACGCUGUGCCAGGCCAUCAUCAGCGGCUGCUCCAAGUUCGAUAACUUCAGCAUCGUCAACUGUCUGUACGCUGCUGCCGCGCUGGGGCUGCCCGGGGAGUCCCCCCUGGUGCGGGUGCUGGAGGACGAGUCCCGCAACCGCCUGGGCCGCUUCAACCAGAAGGACGUCUCCAUGGUGUUCAGCAGCGUGAUGCGCCUGCACCCCUCCAGCCCUCACCCCCUGGUCGAGUCGUGCCUCAGCAGCUUGGAGCGGCACCUGGAGAAGGAGCGGCACCCUCAGACCCUCUUCCUGCUGCUCUCCUAUUAUCGGCUGCGGGCGCAGGCCCUGCAGGGCCACCCGGCCUCCGACCAGCAGCUCAUCAACAACCGUAAGAUCCUGCGCCUGGUGCGGCACACGCUGGGCCAGGUGAGCGCCAUGCGGGAGCACGAGCUGGCCCUGCUGGACGAGAUGCUGGCCCUGUGCGCCCAGGAGGCCAACAACAAGGCGCUGGAGGCCAUCUUCAGCUCGCAGCUCUUCUAUGAAAACCGCCAAGAGCGAUUCAUCCGCAGCAUGGCAGAGUGGCUUCCCAGGAAGGCCGAGAACCUGACGCCCUACACCAUGGCCCUCAUUGCCAAGUACGUGGCCCGGCACCGCCUGCGGGAGCCGCGCCUGCUCGACACCAUCGCAAACUUCCUCCUGAAGCGCGGGGAGCAGCUGGACAGCAAGGUGAUCCAGAAGCUGGUGUUUCCCUUCAGCCGGAUGAACUACCGCCCGUCCAACCACAGCGAGCUCUUCCCCAAGCUGGAGGCCAUCCUGGAGCAGAAAGCGGGCAGCUCGCCCCUGGCCACCGUCAACAUCCUCAUGUCCAUGUUCCAGCUCAGCCACUUCCCCCAGUCUGUCCUGCAUCAAGUCUUCUCCCCGGCUUUCAUCACCAACGUUAUGAGUACGUCGGGCUCUUCCCAGGGCAGCCCCUACGCGCUCAUCGUGCGCCGCUACCUCUCUCUGCUGGAUGCCGCUGUGGAGUUGGAGUUCCGUGAUUACAGCGGCCCCCGCCUCGACCCGCGCUACCGCGUCCUCAUGUUCGAGCACGCGCUGACCGCCGACGAGGCCAACAGGAAGUACAGUUACAAAGGGCUGGUGGCUGAGGCGCUGCGGCAGCUGGUGGGGGAGGAGUGCUACCGGCAGGACGAGGUGCUGCCCCCGGGGUACUGCACAGACUUCCUGCUGUGGAUUAACCGCUCGGGCACGGUGCUGCCCCUCUCCCGCGUCCCCGCAGCCUCCAAGGCCCCCCCCGCCGCCCCCCCCGCCGCCGUCUCCCUGCGCUCCAGCGUCCUGGCGCUCACCUCGGACUUGCAGGACUUUGCCCCCUUUGCUCCGGAGCCCCCCGGCAGCCCCCCGGCAGCGCGCCGGGAGAACAACCUGGCGGGGCGCUUCCUGUCCACGCUCUGCCCGGCCCCGGGGGGGCCCUGCUACCAGCCCCCCUCGGACUAUUACUGCGCCCUAAGCAAAGAGUCUUCCCUGGAGAGCCAGGGCAGCUCCACGCUCAGCAGUCCCUCCGAGUGCCUCUCGGCGCAGCCCGCCGGCACCCCCGACUGCUCCCCGCGGGGCUCCUCCGCUGCCACCCUCUUCCAGUUCCCCAUCGGGAAGAUCCUGGAGGAGGAGGCGGCCGCCUGCCCCGGCCGCGAGCGCUCCUGCUUCCAGGGGGAGCAGCCCCACGAGGAAGCGGAGGGCCGCAGCCCAGCCCCGGCCGAGGACGCCCGCCCUCCGCCCUCGCCGUGCCGGCCCGGCCCGGCCCGGGGUCCCGCCGAGGGGCCGCCAGCGGCCGACGACAUUCAGAGGGUGGUGCUGUCGGUCAACGACAAGUGGCAUUACUGCCAGAACUCCGACAUCCUGGUGGGCUCACGCGCCAUGCGGGACCGGCAUCUGCGCCUGCUGGGCUACUGUCUGGUGCAGCUGCCCUACACGGAGCUGGAGAAGGUGAGUGGCAUCGAGGAGGCCAAGCAUUACCUGCGGCAGAAGCUGAGGGAGCUGCGAUUCUGAGGGGCUCAGCCCAGCCGGGUGGGCGCUGGGGGGGCACGGAGCCCCCGGCCCGGGGGGGGUGGGAAACGGAGCUGCCCCCAACCGGGGGCACGGCCGUGCGGGGCCGAGGUGGUGCGAGAUAUUUAUUGCCGAUAGGGUGGGGAGGGGGCGCGAGCGGUGUGCGGGGGGAGCGAGGGGAUGUGUGGGGCUGGGGGCCCUCAGCCCCGGGCCCGGGGUCACCGCAGGGGCCUGGCGUUCCUGGGGGUCCCCGACACGCUGCUGGGGAGGGGGGGGCUGCGCCUGGCCCCCCAGGGCUGUGACAGCCACGCAUUGGGGAUGCUGCGGGGCCGGGCGCGGGUGGAGAGGGGGGCGCUUGGGAAGCGGGGAGAACUUUACAAUAAAACCGGUGAAAAGUG